AUCAGCGGACUGACUGAGGGGGAAAGUCAGUAGAGCUGUGAAGAGUCCUGCUGAAAGGAUUUGAAUUGUCAGGAGAGAAACAUAGAGAGAACCACCAACCAUUUCUGCAUUUUGAAGUGGCAUGCUGACUGGGUAACUGUUGAACUUAGAGAUCUGCGAGGACUUCUGUGAGAAAGAGCAAAGAAAUAGGUCACAGAGGGGAGAGGAAAAAAACAGGGAAGUGUCAGAUAACCAGCUGAUCCAAAGGAAAUAUUCAGAAAAAGAAGAGGAGGAAACUGAUACUCAGCUGUGUACACAAUUCUGGCCUGAGAUGGAAGUCUACACUGUAACAGUAGCAACUGGUACAUCAGAGUAUUCAGGCACCAACAACUACAUCUUUGUGACUCUGGUGGGGGAGAAAGGAGAGAGUGCACGCACCCUACUAGACAACCCUGGACUGGACUUCUGUCGAGGAGCAGUGGAUCAGUACAAGGUGACCAGCCCUUCAGCAUUAGGCUCCCUGCUACUGGUCAGACUGGAGAAACAGAGAUAUUGGGUGGAAGAUAACUGGUUCUGUCGUUACAUCACAGUGGAGCCUCCAGGUGGAGACAAAGCGCUGAUAUUCCCUUGUUACCGCUGGCUUAUAGGAGAUGUCAAGGUGGAGAUAAGAGAAGGAACAGCAAAGACACUGAGGGACGACUCCAUACCUCAGCUGCUGGAACACAGGAAGACAGAGCUGCAGGAGAGACAGAUGACUUACAGAUGGAUAACGUGGGCUCCUGGGAUUCCAAGAUGUAUUGAUGCUAAAACAGAAGCAGAUUUACCCCAAGAUGUCCGCUUUGACAAUGAGAAGAGGAGCGACUUUGAACACUCCUUACACUAUGCCCUGCUUGAGUUGUCUCUGAAGAAGCUAGCCAUCAGGUUCGGGAAGUCCUGGAAUGACCUGGAUGAUUUCAAACGGAUCUUCUGGAAGCUGCGAAGCCCCAUAGCUGAGUACAGUAUGAAGCAUUGGAAGGAAGACCGGUUCUUUGGCUACCAGUGUAUGAAUGGCUCUAACCCAAGGAUGAUACAGAGGUGCAAGAAGCUGCCAGAGAACUUCUGUGUCACCCCAAACAUGGUGCAGAGCUCCAUGGCUCCAAGGACAAACCUGGACAAAGAACUCAAGGCAGGGAAUAUCUUCUUGUUAGACUACGCCAUCAUGGAUGGGAUUCCCACCAACACAAUCAGAGGUAAACCUCAGUACAUUGCCGCUCCACUCUGUCUCCUGUAUCAGAACCCGGAUGAAGGACUCAUACCUAUUGCUAUACAGCUCGAGCAGACUCCAGGCCCGGACACUCCCAUAUUCCUGCCCAGAGACCCACCCCUGGCCUGGCUGUUGGCUAAGAUGUGGGUGCGUCACUCUGAGUUCCAGGUGUUCCAGCUGCUGUCUCACCUGCUCAGGACUCACCUCAUCAUAGAGGUGUUUUGUGUGGCUACUCUGAGGCAGCUGCCUGCAGUGCAUCCUAUAUAUAAGCUGCUGGCCCCUCAUCUGCGCUACACUUUAGAGAUCAACUGCAGGGGACGCACUCAGCUCAUCUCUGCUAAUGGCAUCUUCAAACGAGUUGUGUCUACAGGUGGUGAUGGCCUGUUGAUUCUGGCUCAGAGGGAGUACAAGAUGCUGACCUACCGCUCCCUGCAGCCCCACAAUGACUUCGCUGACAGAGGAGUUUCCCAGCUCCCAAACUAUUUCUACAGAGAACACAGCCUGAUGCUGUGGGAGGCUAUACACAGUUUUGUCUCAGGUAUGGUAAGCCUGUACUAUCAGUCAGACCAUGAUGUGCAGGAGGACCCGGAGCUCCGCGCCUGGUUCAGAGACAUAUCGCAGGAAGGAUUCACAGAGCUCCCCAACUUUGGUCUGCCCAGUAAGCUCAGCUCCAGAGAGGAACUUUCGACCCUGCUGUCAGUGGCCAUCUUCACCAGUACAGCCCAGCAUGCUGCAACUAACAACGGGCAGUUUGACUGGUGUGCCUGGGUACCCAACACCCCCUGCACCAUGAGACAUCCCCCACCAAGAGACAAAGAUGCUGUUACCAUGGAGAUGAUCAUGGCCACCCUUCCUGAUGUCAGCCAGUCUUGUGUACAGAUGGCUAUCACAUGGCAUCUAGGGCGAGCACAACCAGACGCAAUUCCUUUGGGCCAAUACACAGAGGAACACUUCACUGAGGGGCGGGCUCAGGAGCUGAUUGACAGGUUCAGAAGAGAACUGAAAGAGAUUGAGGGCAACAUUCUAAAUCAGAAUGAAGGACUGGAGCUUCAGUACCUUUAUCUCCUGCCCAGCCGUGUAGAAAACAGCAUCACCAUAUAGAAAGGCUACCAGACUACUCCAUGCAGGAGUCCCUCUGUAUGGUGUGUGGUAGGGUGGUGCUCUGACACCACUCAGAUUUGUUUUCACUUUGGCAUUAAAUACUUUUUUCCGUGGAUCAUGUAUUUAAAAAAAAGAAAGUCCUCCUGUGGGAAAAUACUUUUUGUGUGAAAAAUGUUCUGCAAGUCAUCGGUUAGACAACAUAUGAUUUGUAUGACAAGUCUAAAUUACACAGCCAUUAUAGUUGAUCGUAUUGUGUAGUGUGCAUUCCUUGUAAUCUUUUGUAUAAAUUUAAAGUUUAUCAUGGUUUACCAAGUUUACCACAGCAAUUUUACUCAAUUGCAAGCAUAAUUGAAGCAUGAUAUAUACCAGUGAGUGAAAUGAUAGAUGGAUAGAUAGAUCGAUAGAUAGAAAGAUAGAUAUACUUUAUUUAUAUCAAGCUGGGAAAUUGCAGGUUGGGAAAUGCUGUAGACACAGAAUUGUUUCAGUCUCUGAAAAGAUAACAGAUUGUCAGCUGAGUAGGGGUCAAAGGUGGACAGGCAAGAGAAAAAAUCAAGGAAGACAUUCAUCCCUGACACCAGAGACCAUGGUCCACUUUCCUGACUCAAAUUCAGUCAGUCUUAAUAUUUAUGCAACAGCAGGCUUUAUUGGACUAGUCUAACCUGACAAUUUAAAACCAAUCUAAGGCCAGGAAUAGUCUUAAACCAAGUUUAUAGAACUGGCCCUAUCUUUGAACAGAGUCUGUUGUUACCAGCUCUCUGCAUUUCCAACCAUCUCUAACAACUGAGCAAACACCAUCCACUGAAGAAGGCCAUGACAGGCAGGAGAAAAUGUACGCAUACAUUGACUUGGAUUGGUUCUUUUUGUCAGGGCACUGUUUUUCUUUUGUUUUAAGCCAAUAUUUCAUGUAUAUAUAUAUAUUUAACACUUAACUAUGAAAUGUAAAGUGUGGUAAUUACAGCAACAGAUCUUGAUGUGUUGACAAGAUGAAAAGUGAAAUGUGAAUAAGCUGCAUUUUUGGGGGCUUGAAAUUUAAGGACAAAUAAACUUUAGGCCAAUUUUGAAGUGAAAAAUCCAGGCUUGUGCCAAAUAAACAAUCUAAUCAAGCUAACUCAGUUAUCUAUA